CACCCAUCUGAGCGCACGUCGCCCCGUCAACCGGUGUGUUAUCGUACAAAAAAACGAUUUUGUCGCGUUAUAAUUUCGAUUUGUUGUCGUUUUUUUUCCGGCAUAAUAUUAUUAUUACAAAGAUCACGUAUUUUUUUUUUAUCCCCCGGGGUUACUUUGGACUGAGCUGAAUUUUUUUUUUGGGGUUUUUUACUACACAAGUAAAAGAUAUGAACCUGAUGUGCACGGAAUCGCGGGCCGCGUCGGAAGACAAGUGUUUCGCCGAGGACAGGACCAUAUUCCGGGACGAGAGGGCCGUGAAAAAACUGCUGGAGACCGAAUCGCAGUACGUGCCCGGGUUCGAUUACAUGGCCCGGUCUCGGUCCAACUUGCAGCCGUUCAUGAGGCGCGUCGUGGCCACGUGGAUGCUCGAUGUGUGCGAAGAGCAAAACUGCGAAGACCAAGUGUUCCCGUUGUCGGUGAACUUCCUGGACAGGUUCCUGUGCUCGUGCGACAUAUCCAAAACCCAUUUGCAGCUGACCGGCGCCGUUUGUUUGCUUUUGGCGUCCAAAGUACGACAGUGCACGGCGCUGACCAUCGAACUGCUUUGCUACUACACGGAAAACAGCGUGACCGCAGAAGAAAUGAGGGAAUGGGAACUGUUGGUCAUAUCGAAAUUGGAAUGGAAAAUCGUGGCGGUGACCAGCUUCGACUACGUCGAUCACAUCAUGGAACAGAUCAAGUGGAAGAGGCGAAAUGACACCAUGCUCAGGCGGCACAUGCUGACGUUGAUCUCUUUCUGUUAUAUCGAACCGGAAUUCAUGACGAAAAAACCGUCGGUGAUGGCGGCGUCUUGCAUGCUGUCGGCCAUCCGAGGCAUCGAACCGGCGGCCGCGGCCGAGGUGGCCACCGAGUUGUGCGGUCUGCUGGAGUGUUCGGCGUCCGAAGUGGACGAGCACGUGUCGCUGAUCGACGCGCUGGUGGCCAGCACGACGGCGGCGUUGACGCCCGAAAAGUCUGAGAACAACAACCCGGCAAUGGCGGCCGAACCGCCGGUCAAGAAACCCUAUCACAGCAUGGACGACCAUUGCUGUGCCGGCGGCCUGUGAACGAUUGUCGUCGUCGCCGUUUUUCCACCUUUCUCUUGAUCAAAAAAGAAAAUAUAAUAUGUAUGUAUAUAUACUAAUACAAGAAAAUUGUUUUUUUUUUCUGCAAAAGAGACGUUGUUAUAAUAUACAGACAUAUAUUAUAAAAAAAAUUGUUCAUACGCGUACAUAAUAUAUAAUAUGUUUAUAUGGUGUUAGAAGUGAUAUAUACGCGUUAAACAUAUGUAAAGAACUGACUUCACGUUACAUUGUUGAAUUUCUUUUUUUUUUUUUGUAAAGCAUCAAACAUUAUUAUUAUUACUUCUACCUCAUAGGUGUGUUUUUGUUUUUCUCUUUUUUUUUCUAACGCAUUUACUUGUUUAUUCUUUUAUUUAUUGUCUUCUUAAGUAUUUUUUUUUUUUUUUUAAUAUUUUCAAUUUUUACUUAUUUUCCAUAAUAUGUAUUUCGGUAGAAAUAUGUAAUAUAAUAUCCUUUAACGUCGUAAAUGACCCAAUCACUAAUGUUAAGAUUGUACGAUUGUACCUUUACUGGUUACUUCUGCGAGACUAUAACAGCGAUUUUAUUAUAAUUAUUAUUACCUACUUCGACGGAAUGAUAUUAUUAAAUAUGUAUAAUGUUUUAUAAAUAAUAACAUUAACAGUCGUAUAAUAAUAAUAAUAAUUUCA